AUGUCGAACCCGGUCUGGAACCCAGACAACAUCACCGACGUCGCCGAAUCAGUUGGCGUUGGCGCUCUCAACCACGAGGUCGUCACUCAACUAGCUCAGGAUGUUGAAUAUCGCGUCAGUCAGAUCUUGGAGGAAGCUCUCAAAUUCAUGCGCAAUGCCAAGAGGACUACUUUGAGCACACAGGACAUCUCACAAGCAUUGCGCCUGCUUGAUGUUGAGCCUCUCUAUGGCUACGAAGCUACAAGACCUCUGCGCUUUGGCGAGGCAUCCAUAGGCCCUGGACAACCACUGUACUACGUCGAAGAUGAGGAAAUCGACUUUGAGAAGUUCAUCAAUGCGCCGCUACCAAAGGUGCCUCGCGAAAUCUCUCUUACAGCACAUUGGCUCGCCGUAGAAGGCGUCCAACCAUCUAUCCCGCAGAACCCUACCUCGGCCGAUCAAAGACACCAGGAGCUUCUGCCCAAAGGCCCUGGCGCAAAUCCGAAUUUGGCUGCUAUUGGCGGUAACGAUAACAUUGCUGUCAAGCCUCUGGUCAAGCAUGUCAUUUCAAAAGAGUUGCAACUAUACUUUGAACGCAUCUGCAGUGCUAUCCUGGACGAGACCAACGAAGAGUUUCGCAUCUCUGCAUUCGCCAGCUUGCGCACAGAUCCUGGUCUUCAUCAACUGGUACCGUACUUUGUCCAGUUUGUCGCCGACAAGGUCACACACAAUCUCAAGAGCUUGUUUGUUCUCAGACAGAUGAUGCAGCUACUGGCCGCUCUGCUUGAGAACCCAAGUCUAUACAUUGCUCCAUACGUGGCUUCCUUAAUUCCUCCAGUCCUAACAUGUCUGAUCGGAAAGCAUCUUGGAUCGACAUCGGCAGACGGUCCAGAGGCACACUUCGCACUUCGCGAUUUCUCCGCCUCACUGCUAUCAGCUAUUGCUAAGCAGUACGGUCAAACAUCAGGCACUCUCAAACCUCGUAUUGCACGCUCGUGUUUGAAGGACUUCCUCGACUCGCACAAGCCAUUCGGUACACACUAUGGAGCCAUCCUCGGUCUGCGAGGCAUCUCUGGAGCUGCAGGUGUUCGAACACUAAUUCUGCCUAAUCUCCAAGCUUACGACCAAGUGCUUAAGCAGGGCCUGGCGGACGAGCAAAAGAAGGAUCAAGCGGAACGAGUCGCAUUGGUACUUCUGCAAUCCUUGGACCUUCUAGAACAACACUCGGCAAACAUGACCAACGGACAUCCAGAAGGUGCAGAAUUGAAAGAACGCUUGACAGAGUCCAUCGGCGAAGUACUUGGUGCACGGGUUUACGACAGUGGAAGGUCAGGGCUGAUAUCAGUUGUACUCGACAAGGACAUGGCGGUGUAG